UUAACGGAGAAUCGGGUUUGGAAAACAUGAAACGCUUCUGCAGCUGUUAAAGUGCAACUUUUGGAGAUCAUGAAACAGGAACAACGUUUAUUGGAGGUAUUGGUUCUCUGACACGGUGUUUAACCUAAACACGGUGAUAUGUUCUAGUUUAUACAUCAGUGGAGUUUAUAGUUUUGUGUGGUAUUUAUCAUGGAUCACAGUGUUAACACUGAUCCUGAUGUGUCGACUGGCUUUGAAGGCCGCAGGCUGCGAUGGAGGAAUCAAAGCGGGUUCUGGUUGCUUGGUUUGUGUAACAACUUUGCCUACGUGGUGAUGCUGAGUGCCGCUAAUGACAUUUUAAAACAACAGGAGUCUUCGAAUGCAACAGUGACAACUCCAGGCCUGCUACACGCGCACAGUGAAAACAGCAGCAACAGCAGCCGCUAUGACUGCAACCCUGUUUCCACUGCAGCAGUUCUUCUGGCUGACAUCUUACCAACUCUACUUAUCAAACUGACAGCACCGUUUGUCAUACACAAAGUGCCUUAUGGUGUCCGUAUUCUGGUGUGUGUCGCUACGGCAACCACAAGCUUCCUGGUAGUGUCGUUUUCUACAACUGUAUGGAUGAGCAUAUUAGGUGUGAUCUUUGCUAGCGUGAGCUCAGGACUGGGUGAGCUGUCCUUCCUCUCCCUCACGGUCUAUUUCAGUAGUGAUGUGCUGAAUGGAUGGGGAUCGGGUACAGGAGGAGCAGGAGUCGCCGGUGCUUUGCUUUAUUCGGCCUUUACACAGGCGGGACUUUCACCCAGAACUACGCUGCUGCUCAUGCUGCUUGUCCCCGCUCUCAUGACGAUAAGUUACUUCCUCCUUCUAGUCUUUCCUGCGUCAUUCCCACAGUGGAGGUCUGGGUCUGGUUUGUCCUCUGAGAGAGACUUUCAGGAACGGCGGCCCUUAAUAGUGGAUAGUGAUGAAGCCUUUGUUGAAGAUGAGAAAAAAAGAGAGAACCAACGCCCCGAACCCCUGACCUUCUCAGACAGACUGCAUAUACUGAAAGGUCUGCUAAAGUUUACUGUGCCUUUAUGCCUGGUCUACUUUGCGGAAUAUUUCAUUAACCAGGGAUUGCUGGAGUUGCUCUACUUUCCUGCUUCCAGUUUGUCUCAUGCAGAACAGUAUCGUUGGUAUCAGACUCUGUACCAGAUCGGCGUGUUCAUAUCACGCAGCUCGCUGUACUGCUUUAAGAUCAGGAAAAUCUGGGUGCUCUCUUUGUUGCAGUGUGUGAACGCAGCUGUGCUGCUCAUUUCGGUGUAUUACCAGUUCUGGCCGAACGUUUGGGUUGUGUUUCUGAUCGUUUUGUAUGAAGGCUUGCUGGGAGGAGCCGCCUACAUUAACAUCUUCUACUUGAUCAGAGUUGAGACCGUGGAGCGUGAGAGGGAAUUUGCGAUGGCGGCGGCGAGCGUGGGAGACAGUUUAGGCAUUGCUCUCUCUGCAGCACCAGCCAUCCCAAUACACAACUAUCUCUGCUCAUUGUGAGAGAGCGUCAGACACGGACUGAGGAAAAGCAGAAGUGGUUGACGUGAAGACAACGUUCAGCUGGCCUUCGCAAACAUUAUCACUUACUAAAUAUGUCUAAGAUGUGUGAUUUUGAGGAGAAACCAACAAACUACUUUGGGUAUGUGAGUUUAGCCUGUAAAAAAAAAAAAUCUCCACACGAUUCUCACAGAUGAAGUUGGUGGUAUACAUCAAACAAAAAAAACAAAAAAAAAACAAAACGCAUAUACUGUGUUUUUCUGGAGUGCUGCCAGUUCAUAUUUCCUACAGACAACACUGUUUGGACAAUAACCCCUCAACUACUAACUCCAUAGGGUAAAGACUAGCAUAUGCUUCUUCCGAGGCAUGUCAAGCCUCCCUUUUUUUUUUUUACUUCUCCUCAUUCUACAUUAUAGUGAAUCAUUAUUCCAGGAAUUGGGUGUUUUAAAGCAGACCUGGCAACCACAUUAAACCAAAUCUUCAGACAGAAAUCUCAGUUGGUUUAUUUUGCAUGAUACAAUUUUAUAUUUUAUAUAAACAAAAUAAUAAAACACUCUUGAGAGAAGCUGUAUCAAUCCACUUGCAAAUACAUGAGUGUACACUUGGUUAGCUUGUGAUUGACUAGGAGAAAGGACUAACAAGCUCCUGGUGACAGACUUUUGCAAUUUUGAGCUCAGUUAUGGAGAACGAUAUGCUUGUUAAAAUAUUGCAUGCAUUUUGCAAUACUAGCCAUGAUGUUAAACUGUGAAAGAUGAUGUGUAAAUAUUGGAAGAGGCUUAUUUUAAGUAUUAAUUCAAAUAUUUCAUGUUUAAAAGCAACCUGGCAACCACAUCAAAUUUAAUUAGCAAACAAAAUCAGCUUGAGACAGAAAUGUCAGUUGGGUACAUUCUGCAGGAAAACCUUUAAUAUUUCAUAAAAUGCAAUACAAAGUAAUUUACUUUAUGUAUUGAGCUUAGGAUUAAUGACAAUUAUGCAAAUGAGGACUGUUUAAAGUAUACCAGUGAGCUUUAAGCAGUGAGAACUGGAGUAAAAGACAUUAUGGAGGCAUUAUACUGAUAUACUGACAAAUUGUUUAUGCGUUAUCUUGCUUUGGCCCAUUUCCUAGCACAUUUUUCUAAUUGUUAUUUUAAACAUACCUAUUCUAAUAUCAUUAGAAUAAAAUUACGGUCAUUAGAAGCCUUAUUUAAUGUUCUUGUUUACACAUUAAUACACUAUAUGGACACAGGUUUUGGGAAACCUGAGCACCAUAUGUGGUUCUUCCCCAAUCUGUUAGCACAAAGUUGAAGGCACACAAUUGUAUCAAAUGCCUGAGUGCGUUAGCAUUAUGAACUAAGAGACCCAAACCUGUUCCAGCAUGAGAAUAAGGUUUAAAUGGGUUGGAGUGGAAGAUCUUCAGUGGCCUGUCAUAGAGAUCUGACCUCAAACCCUACUGAACACCUUUGGAAUGAAUUGGUAUACUGACUGCACCUCAAGCUUCCUCACCUACCCUACAUCGGUACUUGACUUUAUUAACAUUCUUAUAGCUGUACGAGUACAAAUCUCCAUGAGCACAUUGCAAAAUCUAGUAGAAUGUGUUCCCAGAAGAGUGGCGCUUAUUAUAACAGUAACUGAUGAUUAUAUGAGGAAUGUAAAGUUCUAUAUAUAGUAUUAGUAUAUAGUAGGGCUGCAAUAGCAAGAAAAGCGGUUUAAACUUGUUUAUAGCUAAUCAAGAUUUUAGUGAAUUCUGAGAGACUGUAUUGGUCUCUAAUGACCAAAAAUAUUGAAACAGGAUUAAUUUCAAUCUAAAUUAGAUUUGUCAACAGUUUUUCCACAUUUAAAAAAAGACAUGAUUGAAAUGAAAUUGGUUGUAAAAUAGAAUCAGAAUUAAAUGAGCUAAAACAAUCAUUCAAUGGUUUAAUGUAAUUCUGAUUCAGCUUUGUUCCAAGGUUCUGUAAUAUUUGUUUCGUAAAUAAAUUUAAUAUAAAAACA